AGUAGCGAGCGAGAUAGGAGGUAGCCAGCUGCGAAGAUGGACACGCAUUUUGUUUUUGUUUUCGCGCUAAUCGUAUUGUGCUCGAGUUUGAAUUUAAGCCAGGCAUCGCUUUGCAAGGCAAACUCGAAAUUCAUAGUAGACUGUAACACUUGUCAGUGCAGUUCAAAUGGAAAAGAAUAUUCAUGCACAGAUCAUAAAUGCGAUCCAAGCGAAUUCCAAAACAAAUAUGACGUAAAGAUAAGGAAAGACGGUUUUAAAGUUUUAGUAUCAAAAUCAAAUGAUGAGUUUAACUUUGAUGAUGAUGACUUCAUUUUAACAAGAGGAGCAAGAAAACCCAGAGUACCCGAAGGUUAUCCUUACAUAAAUGACGAAAUGUACACUCCAGAAGGCCCUAAAAAACUCGAGGACCAUAAAGAAGAUUCCGAAGAAAACAAUUUUAUUGAUAUUGAUGGUGCAGAAAAUAUGGAUGAGGAAGAAAUUAAAGGUAACACCAUCGAUGAUGAAGACAACGGUGAAGCCAACGAUUUGCCACUCGAAAGAUGGGCCCGCUUUAUACCAACAAAUAGAGACCCACCAAUUGUCCCGCUUGUCCCACUAUAACUACAAUCAUGUACUUAAGAUUGACUUUUUAAAAAGCUAAAAACUUUUUACAAAUUGUUCCUAAAUGUUUUAACUUUGCUGAAUUAUUUUUAUAAUUAGAGUAAGUAGAACAUUUUUAGUUUAUUGAAUGUUUCACUAAAUUUAGAGCUCACAAAGAUGUUGAAAUAUUUUUCCUAAGGUCUCCAAUGUGAUAUAACCAGCAUACUUUAUUUAAAGAGUGUUGCUUCGAUAACUUACUCUAAUCUAAUACCUUACAAAAAGUAAAUCAUUAGAUAUAUUAGAUAAACUUAAAAAAUAUUGUAAAAAUGUGGUCCAAGGGCACAGUAUCUAUACCAGUGGUCGCCAACCUCUCAAUGUGUUGAGCUACUUUGUUAAUUUUGGAAUAAACAGCGAGCUACCCACACGGAAGCCACGUAAAGCAACGUAAAUGAAAUAAUCCACAGUUAAUUUAUCAUAAUAUGUAUUUAUUUUACUAUUUAACUAGUAAUAUAUAAUACAUUGGUACUAAUAAUAAACUAAUAACAAAAUGACUAAUAUUACUAGUAUGUACUUGUUCAUAGCUACAUUCCUACCUACCAAACGAAGGUAUUUGAAAAAUAAACACAAACUUUUAUCCAGCCACAACGGCAUGUCACGUAAGAUUUAAAAAUACUUAAUAAUAACAACAAAAAAGUAACGUACUAUCAUGAACAUAAACAUUGAAAAAUAAAAAAGCACGUUCAAUGAGAAGGCUGACACUCAGACUCAUCGAUAAUUUUUUUAAUGUUUGCAGUAUAAUUAGAUACAGCCAUUCGAAUACAAUUAUCCAAAUGUUCAUCUGUAAGUCGAUUGCGAUAUUUGUUCUUAAUAAACUUCAUAUUGGAAAAAGAAGAUUCACACAAAUAGGUUGAACUGAAUAAUGCUUUCACAUUCAAGGCAACACGGCAUAGAACUGAAUAUUUGUCUUUACUUACAAUAGGCCAGAUACAUUUGGUACUUGAGACUAACGAUUUUAAGGCUAAAUCAUUUUGAAACUCAAUUACUUGCAUUUCUGUUGCAGCGAUGUCUUCGCUAAAGUUCUACAUAACACAAGUUGCAAACUGUUGGAUAUCAAUUUUCAUAAAGGGUGAAACAACAAACUGCGCUACUAAAGUCAUUUCGUUGAAAUCCUUAAAACGAUUUUUGAAGUUAUUCUUCAGGGUAGAAACUAUUUCUACAUGAUAUUUGCUGUCAUAGGGUUCUAAUUGAUUUUGAGAUAUUUUUUCUGAAAGAAUAGAAAAAUGCUUGGCAUCGCUGUUAAUUAGGUUUUGUUCCCAAAACUCCAGCUUUUUGAUAAAUGCUUUUAUAUCAGAUAUCAUUUCCGCUAGUUUUUUGUCUCUCCCCUGAAGCUGCAAAUUAAGUUCGUUUAAUUUCUCUGUAAUGUCCACGAGAAUACCAAAAUAUCUAAGAUAGAUUGAAUUUUCUAGUUCCGGAGUCGGUUCAUCGCGUUGUUUGAAAAAUUGAACUAUGCCAGAUAGGACAUCAUUAAAACGUUUCAGCACCCGUCCUCUACUUAACCAUCGGACUUCAGAGUGAAGGGUAGGUCCCCGUAUUGACAGUCAACUUCAUCGACCAAGGUUUUGAAUAAUCUUCUUUGUAACGCUUGAGCUCUAAUCUUGUUCACAAUUUUUACCACCAGUUUCAUAACGUUGUUUAGUUUCAGGAAAUUUCCACAUAAUGCUUGCUGAUGGAUAAUGCAGUGGUAACAGAGAAAUUGCCGAAAAGUUUCAUCUUUACGACAUAACGCCACCAGACCCUUAUCAUAACCCACCAUAGCUGGAGCGCCAUCGGUUGUCAAGCCUACCAUUUUCGAUAUUGGAAUUUUCUCGAAAGAAAUAAUAUUUUUUAAAUGAGAAAGCAACUCCCGUCCAGUAGUGUGUCCUUUCAGUAGAAUAAACUUCAAAAGAUCUUCUUUAAUCGUAAAAUCACUAAAAACCAUCCUGACGAACACGGCCAUCUGGGCAGUAUCAACGACAUCUGUUGAUUCAUCCAGUUGAAGUGAAAAAUAAACACAGUUAUCUAAGUCAGUUCUUAAUUGUAAAAAAAAUAUUAUUGCUCAUUAUUUCUACACGUCUCAUCACUGUAUUAGCAAAAAGUUGCAUAGAUUUUAUAGCUGAAACUAUCUCGUCUUUAUUUCUAAAGUUAGCAAAUAACGAAUCAGCAGCUUCUAAAAACGCCUGUUUUAUCAUUUCCCCGUCUUCAUAAGGUUUCUUUUUUUGUGCAAUUAUCUGGGACACAUGGUACGAUGCUUCAGUUGCAGCCUUAUUUUUGUCGACUGUUCUUAAAAAUAUUGAUUGUUGUCCAAUUAACUGCUUUUUUAACUGUUUCAGUUUCUCCUUUCUGGCGACAGAAUGUAGUGGGAAUGAUUUUUCAAAAUUAGAAUGUACAGUUUUAUGAUGUCUCUCAAUAUUUCCUUUUUUAGCAAUGGAGACCGAAGUAUUACAUAACAAACACACAUUUUUAUCUUUAACUUCUGUAAAAAAGUAUUGUUCUUCCCAUUCCGAAUGAAAGUGGUAUGUCUUUACCUUCUUACAACUGCUUGCCAUAAUAUUAUUUUUUGUUGUUCUCUACUAACCCAACCGCUGGACGUUGGUUACGCGUUCAGUUUUAAACUAAGCGCAAUGUCGCCGCGCCGUGCGUAUCUAUCCCGUUCAAAGCAAUCCUGAUCGUUCUCGAACACUAACGCGCUGGUCCGGUUGGUCGGUUCUAGCCGAUUCUAGCUUGAUGGCGUCAGCGGCAGAUCGCUCACCGCAACGUUGCCGCUGUUUAUGUUUAAUAUUAUGACAAUUAGAUUUUUUUGUGGAAUUUUCGGAAGCUUCUUUGAUUUUUGCAGUCUGUAUUUUUUAAAUUAAAAUCGUUGUGAGAGCUACCAGAAUCACCUCUGCGAGCUACCGGUAGCUCGCGAUCGACAGGUUGGCGACCACUGAUCUAUACAAUGAUAUCGUACCUAUACAUAUUAAAAUAAUCUAGGAAACAAAACCAAAAAUUACUACGUAUCUAUAACUUUUGAACUGAAUUGUAUUAUUAUUUUGUUGAGAUAUUUUAUUGGGCAUGUUUGCAUAAUGAUACUGUUUCAGAACAUAUUUAACAACUUAUACUUUUUUGGAUCAAACCAUCUGGACAAUAGGUUUAGUUGUUUUACAUCGUUAAACAAUUUAGACUUAAAAUUCCUAAAAUGUUUUUUAUUUGAUGUAUACAUUGUGUGACUAAACACGAGAUUAUAUUUUCCAUUUUUUCAAAUGCAAUACCAACUUAUAAAUAAAUUUAUUUUGUUUGGCAUUCUUUAUUCACAAACGCAUUUUUUCACAAGAUUUUGAUGGUUUUAUUAUAAGAAUUAACAUUUUUCUAAUUCUAAUUGGCCAGUUACAAAACUACAAAUGGGUAGAUAUAAUUGAUUUUCACAAUUUUUCAAAUAUAACAAUCCUAUCAACUUAAUUCUUCUGAAAAUAAAAAUGUUUCCUUAUUGUCAUCAGUAGCUCUAGGUUACAGAGUUUAAAACAUCUUGGUAAUUACAGGUAAAACUCAGUCAACUUUAUGACAAUUAAAAGCAAACGAGUCAAGCAAGCGCCUAAAAUUUUUGUCACUCCAUUUUUCAGAAAUAAUGCACGUCACAAGCAUGGAGGCCGUUCAAAAAUUUCCAAGGGAGGGCAAGUCUUAUAGGCAGGGUCAAAACGCCGCAGGCUAUAGUGGAAAGCAUGGUGAAAGAAUCAAAAAUUACAAAUUCAGGGAGGGGUAGACGCCCCCUAGCUUGUCCUGUAGCGGCGCCCAUGUUCACAAGUAAUAUAAACAGUAUUGUUCCUGAUUGUACAAUUGUACAAAAAGUUGUACAAUCAGUUAUGCGAUUGUACUGUUGUACGCACUUUUGAAAAAAGACAAUUGUUGUACAAUUUGAAGUAGCUAAAUAUUUCUGUAAAAUCGGGUAUAUAAAAGGUUUUCUUCGCUCAAAAAGUUUAUGAUUCGUUAAAUAGCAUGCAUUAAAAUUAAUAAAAAAAAUGAAAGUUUAAUCGACCAAUCAGUAUACCGUUUCACAUCGAAAAUAUAUUCUAAACUGGAAAAAAUAAAAAUUUUAAGCAUCGGGAAGUAGUAGGCCAUAGUCUGUCAAUAAAAAAGAAGAAGAUUAAUUAGUUGUUGUACAAUCGAACGUAAAGGCAAGUAAAAGUGUGCAAUUUUGACACUGAUAGUUGUACAAUUCAAAAAUCCUUAGGAACAACACUGAAUAUAAACCAUUGUUACAGGGAAUGACAAAAAAAUAAAAAAUAAAUAAAUUAGUCGUAUACAGGGUACUCCAUUUAAAAAAUUGAUAAAAUCGUAACCUCGCAUUUUGACACACCCUAUACAGAACAUAGGAAACGAAUUAAGUCUAUUAAAAUUGUUUGAUAAUGUAAAAAUAAUCAAAUAUGGAUCACCAUGUAUAUUUAAGAAUAAUUGUUAAAUAUGGUCAUACAACUGUUAUAUUAAAAAGUUCUUCGUAUUUACAGUAAUAGAACAUCCAUCGAUCAAUUAGGCAUUGAUGGAACACUCUGUAUAUGUAUAAUUGGCUAGCAUGUUGGUAUUGUUGGAUAUGAAUAUUUAUAAGGAAUUUUUCACUAAAAUAAAAUACAGGGUGAUGUAUUUAAAGAAAUUAAGUAAAUUGACAUUAAAAUUGGCCAUAUUUAAGACAGUAUAUCCAAAAAUAUUUUUCAAAUAUGUCUUUUUCAAUUCCAUAUAACUUUUAUUUAAAACUUGUUUGCGUGUUUAUAAUACAAAUUGAAAUGUCGAGCAAUUACGCACUAAUGAGACACCCUGUAUAAUUAUAUAGUUUUACCAAAGCGGAUCACAUGUUUUAAAACCAAAUUUCAACCUUUAAAUUAGUAAAAAAUAAUAACUUACAUUUUUACUUUAUGGCAUGAGGUUUUAAGGAAUUUUGAAAAACAUAAUAUAAUCAAUCUAUUAAGAAUGGGACACAGAACAACUGACGAUACUCUGAUUAAAAAUAGGGCGAUUAAACGAAACAUGCUUAGAUGAAAUAAUAUUGGUUUCCAAAAUACAGGGUGAUAAAGUUGUAAAUUUAAAAAUGAAAAUUAUUAAUAGCUAUAAUUUUUUAAUCUGUAUAAUUUUACUAAAUUCGAUAAACGUUUUUCGGAUUAUAAGAUUCACCUAUCAGCAAAACAAUCGACUAAAAAAACUAUGCCAGUGGCGUACGGCAUGGAUAAGUAACUCCUUCUUCCCUCUAAAUUUUACGCCACUCCAAAAACUUAUUUGGAUUACACUUUUACAUUUUUUGAUGUUUUUUAAGUAAAUCACGUACUCUUGUUGGGAACACUCAUAGGUGGAUUUUCUUCAUUUUAAUUUAUUUAUUAAUUUUGUAAUUUUUUGGAUUUUUAUAAAUUUUCAACAAGGGUAAGUACAUUUAUUUAAAAAACAUCAAAAAAUUCAAAAUUAUAGUCCAAAUAUAUUUUUGGGUAGUUGCGUAAAAUUUAAAAGAAAUUAAUGUGUUACUUGUCAAUGUACGCCACUGGCAAAGUUUAUUUUUUUGGUAGGUGUAUUUUAGGACUUUAAAUUUAGUAAAAUUAUACCGAGAAAUAAAAAAAUAUAGCCAUUAAGAAUUUUUGAAUUUUCAUUUUUAAGACCCUGUAUUUCGGAAACCAAUAAUAUUUUAUGUAAGCAUGUUUCGUUUAAUCAUCCUAUUUCUAAUGAGAAAAUCUUUAGAUGUUCUGUGUCCCAUUGUUAAUGAACCCUGUAUAUGGCAAAGCUCUUUGACAGCAAUUUUGUUUGGAAUGCCUAACUGGUUAGUCUGACGAAGGGGAGGGGAAUGACAAAUGAAAUUUGAGAAUAUGAUAGAUGAUAGAAAGGUGUUCCGCUUGAAUAAAGAUCUACCUGUUUUAAGCAAUUUUUUAUAUUUUUUUUUAUUUGGAGAUAUUGUCAAUGGGAAGUUUUAAAAUUGACAUCCUGUAUACCUCGCAGAACAUCAAAAAAUAUCUUGUUUUUUGUUAACAAAUAAGGAGAUUCUCUUUAAAAGUUAUAGCAAUAUUGAGUGUGUCUUCUAGAUUAUUUAGAUGUGUGCAUUAGGAUUUCUAAAAAUAAGAAUACCUAUGGUUUUUUAUAAAAAAAAGUGAAGCUAAAUAUAUAGCGAGCACUGUGUGAUAUGUAUGAUUGCAAACUUUUCUCAUUAUUUGACAAUGUUUUAAUUUAUACCAUCCAAAAAUAUUGAAAAUGUACGACAAAAUUUCAAAAAUUAAUGAUUUGUUGCUUUAACACAAUUCUUCUCUAAAUGAUUUGUAUUUAAUAUAAAUAAGAAUAAUUUGUAAAAAUUUAGUUACAUGUUUAUCACUACGAACAAGCACUUAAGAAAAAUAAUACAAAACGGAACAAAGAUCUAUUGUUAAUACUUAAUAUUUUCUAGGAAUUGUUAGUUUACGUGUAGAAAAUAGGUUUUAUUUUUUUAAGCAUUUUUUUAUAUUAGUAUAUUUUUUCUUACAAAUAAAAUUAUCAAUUGGUAA